CUCCCACAUUUGCUUUAACCUCCUCCAUGGAAAACCACCAUAAUACACCCUUAUUACUUGAUAGGAAGGAUGUUGUGCUUGUAAAACCCUCAAAACCCACACCUUCAGGUGUUCUUUCUCUUUCUAGCAUAGACAACAGCCCCACCCAUGAGUGUCUUUGCCAAACAGUUCAUGUGUUCCGAUCAAAAGUUGACACAUCAAGUAGCAUGAGCGGGCAGGCAGAUCCAGCAUGCGUGAUCAAAGAAGCCCUCUCCCAGGCUCUGGUUUAUUACUAUCCUCUGGCUGGCAAGCUAAAUAAAUGCAGUGAUGGAAAACUUCAAAUAAAUUGCACUGCAGAUGGAGUGCCAUUCUUAGAGGCAACUGCCAAUAAUUCCCAACUCUCUUCCCUCCAUUAUCUAGAUGGGAUUGAUGUUGAAGUAGACAAACAGUUUGUCUUCAACUUCCCAUCCAAAGAUGACUCAGGUUAUCACCCUCUGUUCUUGCAAGUGACCAAAUUUUCAUGUGGGGGUUUCACAAUUGGGAUGAGCUUAUCACACUCCGUAUGUGACGGGUCCGGAGCGGCGCAGUUCUUCCGAGCCCUGGCUGAGCUUGCAAGCGGAAAGAGCGAGCCCUCGGUGAAGCCUGUGUGGGAGAGGGAGAGGCUGAUGGGAAGAGCACCUGCAAGCGAGCCUCUCCAGUUUCCUUCUUUAGCAAUUUCACCAUAUUUGCCAACGACAGACAUCCUGCAUGCAUGCUUUUACGUAAGCAGUGAAAGUAUAAAGACACUGAAAACGAGUUUGAUUGAGGAACAUUGUGGGACUAAUGAAAGUUUCACAACUGUCGAGGUUCUUGGUGCCUAUGUUUGGAGAUCAAGGUUUAGAGCUCUGAAAUUAAACCCAGAUCAGAAAACUCUUUUCAGCAUGGCUGUGGGGAUAAGGAACCGAUUGAAUUCACCGCCUUUGCCAGAUGGGUAUUAUGGGAAUGCUUUUGUGUCCGCAACUGUUGUGUUAAUGGGAGGGGAACUUAAUGAAGAACCACUCUCGAAGGUGGCGAAGCUUAUAAAAGAAAGCAAGAAAGUUGCUUCCGACAAGGAAUACAUAAUGAACUCAUUAGGCAUUUUUGAGCAAUUUAGAGAGCACAAUAUAAAAAUUGAAGCUAGUGGUGGAUCCAUGGUUUUGACAGAUUGGAGGCAACUGGGUUUCUUGCUGGAGGAAGAAGUAGCUGUCGGAGCCAUUAAUGUGAACUUUGUCGCCGUGCCGGUGAACCUAUUUGGGCACGUGGAUUUGUGUCUGUUCUUGCCUCCUAGCAAGGUGGAUGAUCCGUCGAGGAAAGGUGGGGUUAGGGUACUUGUUUCCCUUCCUAGAGCUGCCAUGGCCAAGUUCGAAGAAGAGAUGGAUGCUCUGUGCAAGCUUGGCGAUGAUGGCUCUCUCUGCAAGCUCUAAUCUGUACAGUACUGCUGGUUCCUAUAAAGUUAAUUUUCGGUUUGUAGUUGGAUGGAAAGAGAAAUAUGUGAAUAUUGGGUGCUAAUUUUUGGUGACAAUA